AUGAUGCUCGGAGAGCACCAUCGAGCCAAUCCGACGGUCCACGUCCCACCCUGGCCAACCCACGAUGAUCCAACGCCUGAGAUGUACUCCGCGUUUUUAGCAAACGACGUCAAUGCUGCUGAGUACUCUCCCUACUAUCUUCAAGAAGCGUUAACGGCGCUGCAGCGUUACCUUCCCUCCAACGAAACGGAUGCUGACUCCGACUCCGAGGCUCAACCCGACGCGCCGGUUGACGCCUACUCCUGCGACCAUUUCCGUAUGUACGAGUUCAAGGUCCGUCGAUGUGCGCGUGGCAGGUCGCACGACUGGACUGAGUGUCCCUACGCGCAUCCCGGCGAGAAGGCGCGCCGCCGCGACCCGCGCAAAUUUCACUACUCCGGCGCUGCAUGCCCCGAGUUCCGCAAGGGGAGCUGCAAGAAAGGCGACACGUGCGAGUUCGCGCACGGUGUCUUCGAGUGCUGGCUUCACCCAGCGCGCUACCGCACGCAGCCGUGCAAGGACGGCACCAGUUGCCGCCGGCGCGUGUGCUUCUUCGCGCACACACCGGAGCAGCUGCGCCUCGUGCCGAUGCAUAGUCCUCGCAGCUCGGGGGAGUCCUACGACGGUUCUCCUAUGAGACAGGUUCUACAGUCGACGUCGUUCAUGUCGUCUCCGGCGGCUUCUCUUUCUCCGCCGGAGUCUCCGCCCGUGUCACCGUCGAUGAACGAGAUGGUGGCUUCUCUGCGUAAUUUGCAGCUUGGGAAGAUGAAAUCGAUGCCUCAUAACCGAAACGUUUCGGUCGGGUCGCCGUGUUACGGGUCACCCAGAGGAUCCGUGCUCCGACCCGGGUUCUGUAGUCUUCCGACAACCCCAACUCAGCAACCUGUUCGGUCUGGGGCGAACUAUUUGGAUCUUUGGGAGCAGAACUGUGAGGAGGAACCGGUUAUGGAGAGGGUGGAGUCUGGGAGAGGCAUAAGGGCUAAGAUGUUUGAGAAGCUAAGCAAAGAAAACUCUCUGGAGGGUUCGGGUUCGGGUCAGGGAAGUGGGGCUCCGGAUGUUGGGUGGGUUUCAGAGCUGGUGAAGUGA